AUGGUGUUAUUCGAUAAUGUAUUGCAUCGCGUUAGGUUUUCCAAGUUCAUGGCUAUUGUUUCGCAGGAAUUCGAUAAGCCGUGUGUAGAUUUGAUUGAGACUUUGCUUCAACACGGGAGGCUUUCGUUGGAGCAAAUUUUUGAUGGAUUUAGGGACAGGAAAAGUAGUGGAGGUAUGGAGGCUUUACGAGGAAACAUUCAUAAGCUUGUGAUGGCACGUUACGUUGAAAGGUGUCCUGUUGCGGAACCAUUUCUUGCAUUACCGAGUGAAGAAGAAGCUGCUCCUGCAAAGAGGCGAGGUGCUAAAUCUGCUAAGAUCUUUUUUGAGCCAGAAACCCUAGAACAACGUGUUCUUGCUGCUGCAGUGCCUCCGGAAGCAAUAAGAUUUUCAGUUGAAUUAAAUCCUGAAAUAAGUGCUGACACAGAGCGAGACGAGAACAACUCUCCUAGCAAUGUUGGAGAGAAGCGUAAGCAUGAUGCUUUGGAGUCUGGUAUCGAUGGUGGGGUUGCAGACAAACAAGUAGUUCUUUGGCGUGUCAAUUUUGAGGAGUUUAUUCGCCGGCUUAGGCAUAAGCUUAGAUCUCUUUUUCUGAGUCAUCUCUCCCACAACAUUCCUACUGGGGGAGGCUGGUGGAAUGAGAUAGAAACACAAGAUGUUCAUACAGUCAGACGAUCUGUUGCAUCAUGUCUGCAUGGCGAUUUUCCAAUUGUCCUUUCUGAGGGGCAGAUUUGUGUUGAGAAUGUGAGAGCACGGCUGGAUGACGAAGCUGCCACUGUCUUCAGUGCAAUGCUGGAUGCAUCAAGGAGUGAAGAAAAGAAAUUAAAAAUACCAAGUUCAGUUCCUUUAUCAGUAGAAUCCAUUUAUCAAGAGGUGAUUAAGAGUGAAAAGGACCGUACUAAGACCUUAGAGCAUAUUAUACCUGUCCUUGAUCAGUUGAGUUCUUCUCCACCAUUCAUAAGGGUGAUUGGUGAUUCAUACAUUAUAGAUUUCAAACAUAUUAUCGAAUUAGCUCAAACUGACGAGGUGGAGUCAAUUGUGUUGAAAAAAUAUGGGAAGGAUGCUUAUAGAAUAUUCAGGUUACUGUCAAAGGCUGGUCGCUUGCUGGAGACUGAUAAGGUUUUGGUCACACCCCAAAUUCUUGUUGGGGUUGGGUGGGACAACCUUAGAACCACAGGGUGUGCAAAUAUUGGGAUCUGUAAAGCCAUUCUGUUGCAAUUGGCCUCUGGAGCUACAAGAAAACCAGCCCUUUGGAUAUGUACAGAGGUUAAUGUAGAUUCAGUAUUUGUUGAAAAGAAGGAAACAGCCAACAUUCUUUCUAAGAUGUGGCAGGGUGACUACUUGCAGAUGGAGAAAUUGGUUGCCGGACCAACACAUUUCUUGUUGUGGAAAGUAAAUAUGAUAAACAUAAGGGAACAUGUUUUGGAUGAUAUGUUCCAUGCUGCCUUAAACUUGAGUCUCCGAGUGGCAUACGAGCUAGAACAACAAAAGGAGAUUUUAAAUCUCGGAGUUCAUGGGCCAGUGAAAGAGAAGUAUGAGAAACUUAGAAAAGUUCGAUUUCUCCUGGAAUCCUCAAGGAUGAAGCUUGACGAUGCUGUAAUGAUUUUCCAUGAUUUCUAA